CGCACUGACUACUCGCCAGCCCUUUUGCUUUCGUUUCCUGCAGCCUGAGUUCUCUGGCUUCUAGAAUGCUCAGUUCCGGUGAAAGGGCUCCAGACACUCUGCCCUGCUUUCGCCAGGACCCAGCUAGCGGCCCCAUCCUGGGCUGCUCGCUGCACUCAAUCGCCCCAGUAGCUAGGCUGGCACUCGACCUUGCGCUCCGGAGAAGCUGGAGGGUUCAAACAAGGAGCCGGGAGGGUUCCCAAGUGGCCCGCACCAUUGUACAGCCUCCCAUGGGGGUAAAGAGAGAAACCUCUCUCGUAGACAGCCGGGACUCCGAACAGCUUUUGCGUCUUCGCGCGGGAGUCUUGUUUGCCCCUCCUCGUAUAAUACUUCUCGUACACAAAGGGGGCUCGAGGUGACACUGGGGCAGCGAGCAAACCGACUUCAUGUCGCCUGCCGUCCCCCGCAGUACUGAAAAUGGAAGGUGCAACGUCUCGGAGUGGCCCAAGCAGUGGGCUGUGCCCAAGUCUCCUCCCUUUGGCUGGCCGCAGCCCCGCAAUCCGAGCAUCCCCUAGGCCAUGGCCGCCCCGCAGCUUUUCCGAGCUCUCGUGUCUGCGCAGUGGGUGGCGGAGGCUCUGAAGGCUCCUCGCUCCUCACAGCCCCUGAAGUUACUGGAUGCGUCCUGGUACCUACCCAAACUGGGCCGCGAUGCACGACGCGAGUUUGAGGAGCGCCACAUCCCGGGCGCCGCCUUCUUUGACAUCGAUCGUUGCAGCGACCACACGUCCCCCUACGACCACAUGCUGCCUAAUGCCACGCACUUUGCUGACUACGCGGGCAGCUUGGGCGUGAGCGCCGCCACGCACGUCGUGAUCUACGACGGCAGCGACCAGGGCCUCUAUUCCGCUCCGCGGGUCUGGUGGAUGUUCCGCGCCUUCGGCCACCACUCUGUGUCUUUGCUGGACGGCGGCUUCCGCCACUGGCUGAGUCAGAACCUGCCAAUCAGCUCUGGCAAAAGCCACUCGGAGCCCGCGGAAUUCAGCGCACAGCUCGAUCCCUCCUUCAUCAAGACCUACGAAGACAUCCUGGAGAACUUGGAUGCUCGGCGCUUCCAGGUGGUGGACGCCCGCGCAGCUGGCCGUUUCCAAGGCACCCAGCCGGAACCCCGAGAUGGCAUCGAACCUGGCCACAUCCCUGCCUCAGUAAACAUCCCGUUCACUGAAUUCCUAACCAGCGAAGGCCUGGAGAAGAGCCCAGAGGAGAUCCAACGCCUGUUUCAGGAGAAGAAGGUGGACCUGUCCAAGCCCUUGGUAGCCACGUGCGGUUCCGGUGUCACAGCCUGCCAUGUGGUCCUGGGGGCCUUCCUCUGUGGCAAGCCUGAUGUGCCUGUCUAUGAUGGCUCCUGGGUAGAGUGGUACAUGCGUGCCCAACCAGAGCACAUCAUCUCCGAGGGCCGAGGGAAGACCCAGUGAAGCCAGGCAGGACACAGUGCCAGCUUGGGUGACACCUGACCAUCAAAGGGCCAGCCACUGGCCACUCUGACCCUGCUUUGCCAAGAGUCCUUUCUCAGACAACUCAGGGAGUGUUUGGGGUGGCAUCCCAGAGACCAGGAGUUCCAGUGACUCAUAGGCACUCAGUGGAGGUAGCCAAGAAGGUGACAGGCAGUAAGAGGGUACCCGAGGGAGGGAGGGAGGGAGGGAGGGAGGGAGGCCAGACAGCAGAACAGCCUGCACGGUGCUAAGCUGGGGCCCACCUAGCUUGUUUCACUGUUGGGAAAAAUAAAACAUCAAG